AAUGAAAAACCAAAAUGAUCCAACGUGUGCAAGCUAUGUAUAUUGCUAUUUUGGAUCUAAUGGACCCCCUGUGCCUUUGGUAAAGACUUGCAAGUCAAACACCUACUUUGAUGACACUAUAAAAAUAUGCACCACUAUUAAACCUGAUUCGUGCACAUCAGAUAACCAGAACUCGGAAUCUUGGAGUUUGGAAAAAGCCUUCCCGGAUAUUACAAAAUACACCGUAUUGGAAAACCAGGAUGAUCCAACGUGUACAAGCUAUGCAUAUAGCUAUGUUGGUAAGACCGAUUACAGCAUAAGCUUGAAGGUCUGUGUAUCCACAAAGCCGAAUGAAUGUGAGGAGGCGGAGACACCCUCAACCAUUGCGGCACCCUAAUUUCAGAACUAAUAAGAUCUGAAAUCUUUUGGUGUACAUUAUUGAUACCAAUAAAAUAACCAUAAUAUUUGAUAACCGUAUCCUGCAAUAUAAAAACCAAUUUCUUUUUUCAACCUGAUUAUUGCACAUAAUUGUAUAAU